GGGACGUCCCAGGUGAUGUGUGUCAAUAACCCUCUCAGUGGGUUUCUCAUGAUUGCUGGAUUCCUGGUCCAGAAUCCCUGGUGGGCGCUCACGGGCUGUUUAGGAACAUCUGUCUCAACUUUAGCAGCACUUCUUCUGAGUCAGGACAGAUCAGCCGUAGAAACAGGACUCCAUGGCUAUAAUGGGACCUUAUUGGGAUUACUCAUAGCUGUGUUUUCUAACAAAGGAGACUAUUAUUGGUGGCUUCUGCUGCCUGUAGUUGUUACAUCCAUGGCAUGCCCCGUUCUUUCCAGUGCUUUAGACUCAGUCUUUAGUAAAUGGGACCUUCCUGUUCUCACCUUGCCUUCCAAUAUUGCUGUGUCUCUUUACUUGGCUGCCACUGGACACUACAACCUCUUCUUCCCUACGACACUCAUUCAGCCUGUAACAUCAGUGCCCAACAUCACUUGGUCUGAAAUCGAAGUGCCACUGUUGCUAAAAUCCAUUCCGGUGGGAAUCAGUCAGCUGUUUAGUUGUGACAAUCCCUGGACUGGUGGCAUUUUUCUGCUUGCUGUGUUUGUAGCAUCACCACUCAUCUGUUUAUAUGCUGCAGUUGGAUCAGCAGUGGGCAUGCUGGCAGGCUUAACUGCUGCAGCACUCUUUGCUGAGAUCUACUCUGGCUUUUGGGGCUACAACAGCGUCCUCUCCUGCAUUGCAAUAGGAGGCAUUUUCUAUGCUCCUACAAGGCAGACCCAUUUGCUAGCAGUGGCCUGCGCCUUCUUUUGUGCCUAUCUGGGAGCAGCACUUGCUAAUUCCCUCUCUGUGUUUGGAAUACCAGCGUGCACCUGGCCUUUCUGCUUCUCCACAUUUCUCUUCCUGCUACUAACUACAGACAACUCUGCCAUCUACAAGCUGCCACUCUGCGAAGUCACUUACCCAGAAGCCAACCGUGUCUAUUACCUGGCAGUGGAAAGAAACAGGAAGGCAACAGUGAUGACAAAACAGCAUUCUAACAUGGCUUCCUAAUGCAGUUUCAUAGCUCUACUCCCAAUAUGUGAACUAAAUCCUCCUUGGGACAUUUGUAAACAAAACAAUACUGCAUUUUGUUUACUGAAG